UUUAAUUGUACGGACUAUCAUCGAUAUUAAAGAAGGCAAAAUCAUCGAAAAUUAUCGACUGGAUAAUCAAAUAUCAUUUGAGCGAGUGGUAAACUGUAUGGAGUGUCAAGAUUUUGAUAAUCGAAGACACAAUUGUUACUUAUAAUCGAGAACAGUAAUAGUGAACUAUCAACGUAGUCAGUUUUACAUUCCAAGUGAAUAUCAGCAUUUAGAAUUUUAAUUAAAGCAAUGGCGAUGCGUUCAUCCGAAGGUAAGGGAAAAGCAGUUAAAAAAACUCAACGCAUUAAAACCGAGGAAUCAAUGUUGACCACAAAUGUUGAAAAGGAGCCAAUCUUGACCUCGAAUCUUGCAAAGCGAGCCAAACACAGCUCAAAAUAUGAUUUCAACUUUUGGAAAAAAACUGAAAGUGAUGCCGUUGUCGGUGCAAUUUCUAUAUCCGAACUUAACUUCGGAAUGUGUUUCAAUCGACCAAUUCGAUUCCGAGUGUCAUUUAAAUCUGGAAAGAGAUCGUCUAAGAAUGGCGAUAUGUUUAAUUUCCAUAUUGCUGAUCCAGAUGGUGAAAUACAAGUGACUGUGUUCCCAGAAGAAACUGCUUCUUUUUUUGAUCUAAUUGAAUUCAAUCGCACCUUCGAAUUGACGAAUUUCAAUGUUAAAAAAGAGGAUAGUAAUUUUCCGCUAUUCCUUGGAAACGGAAAAUAUAUUUGUUUAUUGGGAAGUUCCAAAAUCGAAGCCCUUGAUGAUAAUAUAAUUAGCGAACUGAAGUUUAAUUUCGUACCAAUCGACGGAAUUAAAAAUUUGGAACCAAAUUCGAAAUGCGAUGUCAUUGGUAUCAUCGUUAAGAAUUGGGGGAAAGAAAUUAUUGGAGACAAUAAAGUGAAACGUGAUGUGACUAUAACAGAUAAGAGCAAAGAAUGUAUAAUCUUGACGCUGUGGGGAGAGGAAUAUGACGAAUUUGAUUCCGAAGAAAUCCCAAUAAUAAUUCACAAUGGCGUCGUGCAUGACUACAAUGAAUCACGAACAAUUACUUGUGCCGCACGCACAUUGUUUUGGCGUAAUCCAAGCAAUUCUGCUGCCGAAGAGUUGAAGUUAUGGUUCGACGAUGAAAAAUUUGAUUAAAUGAAAAAUACUUUCAAUUUGCUUUGAAAAAAAGUUGAAAUUUCGUAUUGAAUGAAUGAAUUCUUUAUUUAUACAUUAUGAAAUCUAAAUUUUACUAGCUAUUACGUCAGGGUAAUCUAAAUUAAAUCAAACCAGGACUUCAUUGUGUGAGCCACUUUCAAGAAGUCAAUCGUUUUUUAAAUUAUAAAUAUCCUGAAAUAAAUUCAAAUAUUAUAGCAAUAGUUAUUUCAACAGAAUGAUACUAUUUUCAUUAAGAAAUAUUAUACAUUGAUUCUUUUCA